CAAGUUGACAUUCCAUAUAAUCCUUACGAUCAUGUGAUACACAGAAGUCCUUGUGUUGUCUGGACAGUAAGGCAAGGGCUAAUCAGAUCACAGUUACUGUAACUCAGUUGGCUGUGGCCUUGAUGAUGAGUAAGCUUUUUGAACAAUAUCCACACACAUUUUGGGAUAUUUUUUGUUUAUUUCACGGCGAAUAGGACAACAGUGUGAGGAGGAUUACAUCUGUGAUGGUAUUGCGUCUCUGGGAAGGCACAGUGGAACUUGAACCCAAGGUCACUACAAAAAAGUUGCUCUCGAUAAUGAGAGUGACUGGUCUCUAUUGAGAGGUAAAAGUUUCAAGUGGAAAUACAAGCCCCGGGAGCGCAAUGGGUCAGCGACUGAGUGAGGAGUGGGAGGACAAAGAGAUCGAUGUGGCCGAGCUGCAGGAGUGGUACAAGAAGUUUACUGUGGAAUGCCCCAGCGGAACGCUCUUCAUGCACGAGUUCAAGAGCUUCUUUGGGGUGACAGAAAACCAGGCUGCCGCAGACUAUAUAGAAAACAUGUUCCGAGCUUUUGAUAAAAAUGGGGAUAAUACCAUUGAUUUUCUGGAAUAUGUGGCAGCCUUGAACUUGGUGCUAAGGGGCAAACUGGAGCACAAGUUAAAAUGGACAUUUAAAAUGUACGACAAGGACGGCAGUGGCUGCAUCGACAGGGAAGAGAUGAAGGAGAUCGUGGAGGCCAUCUACCGCAUGAAGAAAGCGUGCCAUGGUGAGCUGGAUGAGGAGUGCAACCUACUCACCCCAGACCAGGUUGUGGACCGGAUAUUCGAACUGGUGGACGAGAACGGAGAUGGGGAGCUCUCGCUGGACGAGUUUGUGGACGGCGCCAGGCGAGACAAGUGGGUCAUGAAAAUGCUGCAAAUGGAUGUCAACCCAGGGGAGUGGCUCAGUGCUAGACGUGCCAGCUCGGGAAGCCUGAAUCCAUAAUAGGAUUCCGACACCCACUGUGGUCCCUGAAUGGACAUGAGAGUCCCAAGCGCACACGAGUGGAAACAGGAACCUCAGGACUGUCCCAUAACCCCUUCCACUAGUGCGGACCCUUGUCUUCGCCAUCUAUCGCCAUCCAAUAUCAAAGCUAAAGCCCAACCAUGGAGCCCUAUGAUGAAAGGACAACCUCGAGGACUCUUUUAAUGAAUCAUGUAAUCCUUCAUGUAAUCCUGAACACUCAUAGGAGAUGAACUCUUCUGGACACAUCUAUCACUUUCAUUUUGUGUCUGUUGUUAUUACGGCUUCUGUCGGUUGCAUGUUGUGUGAAUAUCUUCCCAGGCAACCGAAUUCUGUUUGGUGCCUGUCCCUUCUUUUAGGUUCAUUGCUUCACUUAGCAAUAAUGGAGUGAUAUACACUUUUCAACCUUGCAUAUUAGUGCAU